GUGGCUUUCAUUCAUGCAUUGAAAGUUGAAACAAUAUAAUCUGCCAGCUACUAUCAUAUUCCUAUGUGAGUCAUCCAAACUAAAUGAUGGGAGAAGAAAAUCCUUCCACCGUCCCAACCACCACACCACCACCAAAAACAACCACUACAACCACCACUCCCAAAAAACUCACCAAAAAACUAACCCUAAUCCCUUUAAUAUUCAUCAUCUACUUCGAAGUAGCCGGUGGACCAUACGGUGAAGAACCAGCCGUUCAAGCUGCGGGUCCUCUUUUCGCCCUCCUCGGCUUCCUCAUAUUCCCUUUCAUCUGGAGCAUUCCAGAAGCUCUCAUAACCGCCGAAUUAACCACCGUUUUUCCCGGAAACGGUGGUUUUGUAAUAUGGGCCGAAAAUGCUUUCGGCCCAUUAUCAGGUUCUUUAAUGGGCACAUGGAAAUUCCUUAGUGGUGUAAUUAACGUAGCAGCUUACCCUGUUCUUUGCAUCGAUUACAUCAAAAAACUGUUCCCAGUUUUUGAAUCUGGUUGGCCUCGUAACCUUGCAAUUCUAGCUUCAACUCUUUUAUUGUCUUUUCUUAACUAUACUGGUUUAACUAUUGUUGGUUAUGUUGCUGUUGUUCUUGCAAUUGUUUCUUUGUCUCCGUUUAUUUUGAUGUCAUUCAUUGCUAUACCUAAGAUACAUCCACAUAAAUGGAUUAGUUUAGGUCAAAAGGGUGUUAAAAAAGAUUGGAAUCUUUUUUUCAAUACCCUUUUUUGGAACUUGAAUUUUUGGGAUAAUGUUAGUACUUUAGCUGGUGAAGUUGAAGAACCAAAGAAAACUUUCCCUUUGGCUCUUUUAAUUGCUGUUAUUUUCACCUGUGUUUCUUAUUUGAUUCCGCUGUUUGCUGUUACUGGAGUUGUUAAUGUGGAUCAGAGUCAAUGGGAAACUGGUUUUCAUGCACAAGCUGCUAAGAUUAUUGCUGGAAAUUGGUUAAAAAUUUGGAUUGAAAUUGGCGCUGUUUUAUCGGGAAUUGGUCUUUUUGAAGCCCAAUUAAGUAGCAGUGCUUAUCAAUUUUUGGGUAUGGCUGAAAUUGGAAUUUUGCCAAAAUUCUGUGGAGUUAGAUCUAAAUGGUUUAAUACACCUUGGUUGGGAAUUUUGGUUUCAACUUCGAUAACAAUUGCGGUUUCUUAUAUGAAUUUCACUGAUAUUAUUUCAUCAGCUAAUUUUUUGUAUAGUUUGGGGAUGUUAUUGGAAUUUGCUUCUUUUCUUUGGUUAAGAUGGAAGAAGCCAUUGUUAGUGAGACCUUAUAAGGUUCCAAUGAAUAUGCCGAUGUUGGUAGUGAUGUGUUUGGUACCAUCUGGUUUUCUGAUAUUCAUAAUGGCUAUUGCUACUAAGACUGUAUUUUUGGUUAGUGGUUUGAUGACUAUAGGUGGGAUUAGUUUUUUCUUUUUUAUAAAAUUGUGUAGGAUGAAGAAUUGGGUCAAGUUUGAGGUUAAAGAGGUAGAAGAUGAUGAUGGGUUGGAAGUUGAUCAUGCUUUAUGAUAUAAUCAGAAUUUAUAUGUAAUGUCUCUUUUAGUUUUUACUAUAUUGAACAUAUGUAAAUUUCAGAUUUUCAUCAGAGAUUGUGUUUGUGUA